UAAUCCCUCUUUGCAUAUUAGAAUUUCUAAAAACAACAUUUAAAAGUAAUUUCUUGAUAAUUAGACAUGUGCCAGGCCAGUCCACUGAGAUCCGUAAUGAUUGGCAAUUUUGUAUGGGCUCCUCUCUUUUUGAGGGUUCUAAGCUUCCGUGCAAACCGGCUCCAUUCCAAAACUUUAGAUUAAGAUUUGGUUAAUGACAAAGCAUGUCAAUAGAAUAAAGUUGCCUCUCUGGGUUCCUAUAUUUAUUCCAUCAACCAAUAUUGGAAGGGAAAAAAGUUAAAAUUGAAAUGCUUUAAAAGAAAAAGCAAUUGAUAAGAUGAAAUUAGAAAUUCAAAUUCGAAAUGUAUGAAAAAUCUCGUUUUCAGUAGGUCCAUUUUGAAAUCUCGUCCACGAUGUAACCGACAGUACCAUGAACAUCUCAUGGCUCUAACCAUCUAAUCAGUUCCGUUCGUUUCCAAGCGACGUUGCCAGCGCAGCAUUUGGGAGCGCAAAACACACUCUCGAAGCGACAUCGUUUUAUCUCAGGAGGGCUCUUUGAUCGACGUCGUUUUAUCCCUUCUUAUCCCCGAACCCGAGCGCCAAACUCGUCAUAAAAUACGGAAAUCAAACUACAAAACCACUCACUCUCCAUUUUUUUUUAUUCCAAUUUCAAAUUUCAAUACCUCAACACUGUGAGCGUGAAAAUGGAGGCAAGUCCAAUCCCGAUCGGAUCAUGUCCCAAAGAGCACCAACAGAUCUACAAAGAUUGGUUCAAUAUCGCCGAUUCAGAUGGUGAUGGGCGUGUUACUGGAAAUGAUGCUACAAAGUUCUUCGCCAUGUCUAAACUUUCUCGUCAAGAACUCAAGCAGAUUUGGGCGAUUGCAGAUUCUAAACGACAAGGGUUUUUAGGGUUGACAGAGUUCACUGUUGCUAUGCAGCUGGUAUCUUUGGCACAAACAGGACAUGAAAUAACCUCUGAUGUUCUUAAAAAUUCAGUUGACGUGGAGAAUAUCAGUCUUCCUUUAUUGGAAGGUUUGGAUGCCUUAACAGCAAAGAGAAAGGAUUUGACAAUAAAUGGUGAGCCUCGAAUGAAUGGAUCUAGUCAGCCCCAAGUUCCAACAUCUGCUAAAUGGUUUACCUCAAAGUCUGCAAGAAAGACACCUGCAAAUGCAGUUACCUCAAUUGUUGAUGGCUUGAAGAGAUUAUACAUUGAAAAGCUAAAGCCAUUGGAAGUUGCCUAUCAAUUUAAUGAUUUUGUGUCUCCUUUAUUGACAAACAGUGACUUUGAUGCUAAACCUAUGGUUAUGCUGUUGGGUCAAUAUUCAACCGGGAAAACUACAUUUAUAAAACAUUUGUUACAAUGUGAUUACCCAGGAGCUCAUAUAGGACCAGAGCCUACAACUGAUAGAUUUGUAGUUGUAAUGUCUGGACCUGACAAAAGGAGUAUACCUGGGAACACUGUUGCUGUUCAAGCAGAUCUGCCAUUUGGUGGAUUGACAACUUUUGGAGGAGCCUUUUUAUCAAAAUUUGAGUGUUCUCAAAUGCCACAUCCAUUGUUAGAUCAAAUAACAUUUGUGGACACUCCUGGAGUUCUAUCUGGAGAAAAACAGAGAACACAACGAAGUUAUGAUUUCACUGGUGUUAUAUCGUGGUUUGCAGCCAAAUGUGAUCUCAUUCUUCUUCUAUUUGACCCUCACAAGUUAGACAUAAGUGAUGAAUUUAAACGAGUAAUUUCAUCUUUACGUGGUAAUGACGACAAGAUACGUGUUGUCCUAAAUAAAGCACACCAAGUUGAUACCCAACAACUAAUGAGAGUUUAUGGAGCUUUGAUGUGGUCACUUGGAAAAGUUUUGAAUACUCCAGAGGUUGUGCGUGUUUACAUUGGCUCCUUCAAUGAUAAGCUCAUUAAUGAAGGUGUUAAUGAUCCAUUGGGGCAAGAUCUUUUUGAUAAAGAACAAGAUGAUCUUAUCAAGGACUUACUAGACAUUCCAAGACAGGCUUGUGAUCGCCGGAUAAAUGAAUUUGUGAAGCGUGCUAGAGCUGCGAAAAUUCAUGCUUAUAUAAUUAGCCAUCUCAAGAAGGAGAUGCCUAGUAUGAUGGGCAAAGCUAAAGCCCAACAACGGCUUGUUGAUAAUCUCGAAGAUGAAUUUGGGAAGGUCCAACGAGAGUUCCAUCUGCCGGCCGGGGAUUUCCCAGGUGUUGAGCACUAUAGGGAGGUGUUGAAUAGUUACAGUAUUGAUAAAUUUGAGAAAUUGAAGCCUAAGAUGAUACAAGCUUUAGACGAUAUGUUAGGAUAUGAAAUUCCAGAGCUCUUGAAGAAUUUUAGGAAUCCUUACGAAUGAAACUGUCACCAUAUUCGUAAGUUAUGUGAACCAAGUGUUCCAUUUAUCUAUGCUUUAGAUAUAACCUAUUCUUAAGAGGCUUUUUAAAGCUUGUUCUUUAAAUUAAAUCUCAUGUUUGUGCAGUUGUUUACUAGAAAUCAUUUGAAAUUUUGAUGCACAAAAAUGUACGGAAGACUUUUUUUUUUACUCGCU